AUGGUCAUUGGGAAUGACCAUGAACUGCGACUAAUAAAUGGCUCAUAUCCAUGCUCUGGAAGAGUGGAAGUCUAUCGUAAUAGUGAAUGGGGUACAGUAUGUGAUGAUGACUGGGACAUAAAUGAUGCUAAUGUUGUCUGUAGAGAACUGGGAUGUGGAACUGCCAUUUCAUCACCUGGAAGUGCUCACUAUGGACAAGGAACUGGGCCAAUAAUGAUGGAUGAUGUAAACUGUGGAGGAUCUGAAUCUUCACUGAAAUCUUGUUCCUUCCCUGGAUGGAAAAAGCAUAACUGCAAACAUCAUGAGGAUGCAGGAGUUCAAUGUGCAGUUAAAUUGCGACUAGUGAAUGGUCAAAAUUCCUGCACUGGAAGAGUGGAAGUCCUUUCUCAAAAUGUGUGGGGAACAGUUUGUGAUGAUGACUGGGAUAAAAAUGAUGCUAAUGUUGUCUGCAGAGAACUGGGAUGUGGAGCUGCCAUCUCAGCACCAGGUUCUGCUGCCUAUGGACAGGGAAGUGAUCCAAUAAUGCUGGAUGAUGUAAAUUGUCAAGGAUCUGAAUCUUCACUGAUGCAGUGUUCCUUCAGUGGAUGGAAAAAACAUAACUGCGGACAUGGUGAAGAUGCUGCAGUUCAGUGCACAGUAAAUUUUCCAUCUCCAUCAGUUUCCAUUCAGGGCAGCUAUAAUGUUUUUUCUGAAGGAGAAACUCUCAGUGUAAGUUGUACUGCUCCGAACAUUUUUUCCAACAGAGAAUUUUAUCUCAGCAAAACUGGAGGUACUAGUAGAAUUUCACUGUUACAAGUUCCACAGGGACAAAAUUCUGUCAUUCUUCAGAUAUCGAAUCUAAACUCUGCAAAUGGCGGACAUUACAAGUGUGGAUACCAUGUAAAUAAUGUAUUUGUUUCUGAAUCAAGUUCAGUCAGCAUUUCUGUAGUCACCCUUUUACAGCCCUUAAUUUCCACUGAUGCUGAAAAUGAAGAAGUGGAAAAGGGAACAGUUCUGAAAAUAAAUUGCACAGCUCCAGUGAAGUACCCCGUCCAAAGCUUUUUCCUGUUUCUCAAUGAUGCCGUACUACUUAAUUCAUCUGAUUUAUCAAAUCAAACUGCAAUAUUAUCAGUCAGUGUCAUCAAUGAGAGCUUUUCCGGAAACUACACUUGCCAGUAUCAUUCCCACAUACAAGGAAGACAUUUUGUAUCUCCAUUAAGUGAAAUUCUUCAAGUAAAAGUGACAAACUCCAUAAUUCUACUGAUCAUGUAUUCUGUUGCUGCAUUUCUGGGGUUAUUAAUUCUAAUAAGCAUUAUUACCAUUUGCAUAGUGAAGAAAAGGAAAAGAGAAUGCAAUGCUUUGAAAAAGGAAAACACGAAAGCUAUAUCCAUGAAUACCUAUGGAAAACAGUCUGUGGAAAACAUCAGCACAAGUGACUACUAUAUGAAUACAGAACAACUGAAAGAUGCACACCAUUCAGCUGAGAGUGCAGAAAAUAUCUACCAAAAUAAUGACACUCUGAUAUCAAGAAGCAAGGAAGAAUCCAAUGAAAAUGUUUACGAGAUGUCCAGUGAUGAGUCUGAUAAUGACUAUGAAAAUGCAAUGCCUCAAUAAGUGAAAUUUAAAUCUUACUGGAAAAAAUAGAAAUAGGAUAAAAAGGAUGUUCUUGAUUGAA